CACCACAGAUCGUGUCUGUUAUCCAUACCAAUAAUGUACCAGAGGAUAAGUCCCAAAAUGCUAGCUUACUAUUGGAAUCGAUAAAUCUUAGUAGCUCAGAUCUUGAUGAUAAACAACAGGCACAAUUAAAUCAGUUGUUGCAAGAUAAUCAUGACGUAUUUGCACUUAAAGAUGACGAACUAGGUCAAACCUCACUGGUAGAGCACCAUAUUGACACUGGUAAUUCCCGACCAAUUUAUCGACAACCAUAUCGCGUGUCACUGCAGAGAACAAGUAUCGAUAAUCAUGUACAAGAAAUGCUUGAUCAAGGUAUUAUCCAGCCUUCAGCAACCCCGUGGGCAGCCCCUGUAGUUCUAGUACGAAAAAAAGAUGGCACUGAACGUUUUUAUGUUGACCACCGAAGUUAAAUAAAGUCACUCAGCGAGAUUUUCAUCUGAUUCCUCAUGUACAAGACACUCUUGAUUGUUUGUAUCGUACUUCAUAUUUUUCUUGUCUUGACCUGCGAUCAGGUUAUUGGCAAGUCGAAGUCGAUGACGAAUCAAAACCAAAAACUGCUUUUGCGACACAUAGCGAGCUAUAUGAAUUUCGUAGAAUGCCCUUCGGCUUAGCCAAUGCCCCGUCAACAUUUCAACGCUUAAUGCACGCUGUUUUACGUGGCCUCCAGUACCAAAUUUGCUUAGUGUAUUUAGAUGACAUUAUAAUCUAUUCGCGCUCAUUCGACGAUCACUUAGACCAUCUAAAUUAUGUUUAUAGUAGGCUCCGGUCUGCGAAUGUUAAAUUUAAGCCUAGCAAGUGCUCAUUUGCGCGCUCCAGUGUGAAAUAUCUCGGACAUGUUGUCUCUCGCGAUGGUAUCCGACCAGACCCUAGUAAAAUUGCCGCAGUCGAAAACUUCCCAGUUCCUCGAUGCGUUCGCGAUGUUAGAAGUUUUCUAGGCUUAGCAAACUACUACCGUAGAUUCGUAAAAAUUUUGGAAUCAAUAGCAUCGCCUCUUAACAAGCUUAUACGCAUACAAAUGUACGUUUUUAUUGGGACGAGUCUGUGCAAAAGCGUUUCACACCCUAAAAUCCUGUCUUACAUCAGCACCAAUUUUAGCGUACCCCGAUUUCUCCCUGCCAUUCGAGUUGAAUACCGACGCUUCGUCGACUGGUAUUGGUUUUGCAUUAUGUCAAACUCAAGAUGGCAAAAGUCGUGCUAUCGCAAUAUGGCGGUCGUGAUUUAACACUACGGAACGUAACUACAGUACAACCGAACGGGAAGCACUAUAGCUAUCGUUGAAGGAAUUAAGAAAUUCCGCAAUUAUCUCCAUGAUCGAAAGUUCGUGACUCAUACGCCAAGAUGCUGAACUCUCCGAUCUCAUCACCUUCUUAGAAACCGAUGCACUUCCAUCUGACAACAAAAGAGCUCGCUCGUUCGUACUUUAUGGCGACAAAUUUUACCUGGAUGACAAUGGUUUGCUAUUCUCCCUUUGGACACCCAGUAAACGUACCCAACGUGAUGUAUGCUCACAACUUGUAAUUCCAGACGCUUUAAAGCAUGAAGUUUUGGUUUGUGCUCACGAUGAUGUUAACGCUGAUCAUCUUGGUACGCAGAAGACAUAUGGGAAAAUCCCCACUCGUUAUUAUUGGCGUAAUAUGUUCUGGGAUAUUGACAGAUGGCGCAACAGCUGCGUCGAUUGUGCAAUGAAGAAAUCGCCUCGUAACAGACAUAAAGCUCCUCUUUUGCCAAUUCCAGUAGAAAACGCUUUCGAUCGCCUUGCAGUUGACUGUUUGGGUCCAUUCCCACUUUCCGAUGCUGGAAAUCGUUAUGUCGUUAUCUUUACAGAAUACCUAACCUGA